AAACGAUGCCGUCCCACGCGGAUCUGGACCGGCAGAUCGAGCAUCUCAUGGAGUGCAAGCCUCUGUCGGAGGCGGAGGUGAAGGCGCUUUGCGAUCAGGCCAGGGCGAUUCUCGUCGAAGAGUGGAACGUUCAACCGGUGAAGUGUCCCGUCACCGUGUGCGGCGACAUUCACGGCCAGUUUUAUGAUCUCAUCGAGCUUUUUCGGAUAGGAGGACACGCUCCCGAUACCAACUACCUUUUUAUGGGCGAUUAUGUAGAUCGUGGCUACUAUUCAGUGGAGACUGUUACACUUUUGGUGGCCUUGAAAGUCCGUUAUAGAGAUAGAAUUACAAUCCUUAGGGGAAAUCAUGAGAGUCGUCAAAUCACUCAAGUUUAUGGGUUCUACGAUGCAUUGAGAAAAUAUGGAAAUGCUAAUGUCUGGAAAUUCUUUACCGACUUGUUUGAUUAUUUGCCUUUGACUGCCCUUAUUGAGAGUCAGAUUCUGCUUGCAUGGUGUCUCUCACCAUCUUUGGAUACACUGGAUAAUAUACGGGCGUUGGAUCGCAUACAGGAGGUUCCACACGAAGGACCAAUGUGUGACCUAUUGUGGUCUGAUCCAGAUGAUCGCUGUGGUUGGGGAAUAUCUCCACGUGGUGCAGGAUAUACAUUUGGACAGGACAUAGCUACUCGUUUUAAUAACAAUGGUCUCUCCCUAAUAUCUAGAGCUCACCAGCUUGUCAUGGAAGGAUACAAUUGGUGCCAGGACAAGAAUGUGGUGACUGUUUUUAGUGCACCUAAUUAUUGUUACCGAUGUGGGAACAUGGCUGCCAUAAUGGUCGGAGAGAAUAUGGAUCAGAAUUUUCUGCAGUUUGAUCCAGCUCCCAGACAAAUUGAGCCUGAUACUACACGAAAGACUCCAGAUUAUUUUUUGUAACUUCAUAUAUCCCUUUGUUUGUAGUUACUGCUUUCUGCUGUUACUGUAGAUGUGUCUUUAAGGAGAGAGGAGUUUCACUCUUUAAGUGGACGGUUAUCAUCAACAUAAUUCUUUCUUUUGGAGUUUGUCUGCUGUUGCCGCUGCUGCCGUCUUAUUUCGACAAACAAACAAAUAGAAUUGACACAAUUGGUGUUGUAUAUUUUUAUAGGAGGAAGCGGCAAUAACAUGGUAUAUUCUGUGCUGUAUUUUUUUAAAAUUAAUUCUCAAGUUAGAGAGCAGAUUUUUUAGU